ACACAAACCCGUUCAAUCUUGUAUUGAUAAAUUCGCGUAGAUGUAUACACACACACACACACACACGUCAAAGUAAACAUUAAAAAAGAAAAGGAAUCAAGCAAGAAUACCAGGAUAACUUCAAAUUAAGAUGAAACGGUAUUCUAUUGCAUCAUCUUCUUCGAGAAGGAAAUCUACCGCGAAUCCUGGGUAUAACAAUAGGGAUGAUAAUGGAUCUAUCAAUAAUCUCAAUCAUAAUUCAAAUGCUACCAUCAAUAAUAAUCAGAACAGUACGAAUUCCAAUAAUUCUAUGGAACCUGCGACCUUGGAAUUGGAGAGACUUGAACAAGAAAUCACUUUGGUACUUCAAGAAAUCGACAAGAAUCUUUCCAAGGCAAAUGCUGUCAUCAAUGACAAGAUUUAUCCUGUGUUGAAGAAUUAUGGGAAGGCAUCAUCUAAAGUAUGGAGUAAUGUAAAUUUUUGGAAGUUUUUCAUGGAACAAGCAGCUAAUGUUGAGCUCACCGGAUAUGAGGAGCCUGCUAAUCCCAACACCGAUAGUAAUACUUUGAACAAUGCAAGAUCAAGCAACUUGCUUCUUCUGGAAGAUGAAGACGAUGAGGAGAACUUACCUCCACCAGCACCAACCAAUAAUGAUAACCCCAACGAUAUAGAUGGAACUAACAAAGAGACAGAAGGAGAUCCUUUAUCUACUUCAUCGUUCAAAGUACCAAUUGGUAGAACGUUCCAUAACAUAGAGGAAACACCUACUUGGUCUGUAGAACAGAAACAACAACCAUCACAGGCACCACAGGGAAAUUCUAUUCAUGCAUCAACACCUCAAAUGAAGAAAAGAACAUCCAUACUCCGUAGUACAACCAGUGGCGGAGGAAAUGGUGGGAGUGCUAGGUUUGAAUCAAGUGAUAGUUUAAAGUUCCAACCCCCACCAACGCUAACUGAAGGAACUUCGAGUGCAAAUAGCUCCCCAAAGAUCACUCAUACCAUUAGACAAUCGUUAGAUAAUUAUCACAAGGUCUCCAUAUCACCAAGGAAGAAUAAUCCAAGAAAUACUAGAACACCAAUACGAGGUGGAGAUGGUAGAUCAUCGAUGAUUCAGAAUUUCAUCGAAUCAUCUCCCACACUUCCUGAACCUCCAGUAUUACUUUCUGAACUUAAAAAUGGAGACAAUGGUAAAUCUGGUUCCCCUUCGACGUAUGAGAAAUUAUCACCAGUGCAUUUACCUGAACCAAGUCCAGAUAGAAGAAAGUCAUCAAAUACAAAUACUAUACAACGAUUCCCCACCACUCCUAAAUAUGGAUCUUCUGCUGGAGAUGUUGGAGUUGACAUUAUGAGAACACCAGUUGGAAUUCGUGCAAAAUAUGGGAAUGAUGAUAGUGAUAUUCCACCACCAAAUUUUUCCAACAUUGAACCUGAAAAUGAACCGGCUUCAAUUCAUAAUUCGGAUUCACUGAUUCCUCAGUUACAAACCGUAGAAUUAUCAAAGAAGAGAAAUAUUCAGGAGGUGGACCAUGAGAAUUCAAAGGAACAAACUGCCCAAGGUGAUCAUAAUAAUGAACAAGAUGACAAUGAUGAUGGCAAAGAUCUGAAUAGAAAAAGACAGAAUAUUCUUGAUGAUAACGAGGAUAAUGUAUUUUUGGAUAACUCCGCAAAACAAGGCGGAGGUGGGUCAGCGGCGUCCACUGUAUACCAUUCAGUUGUUUUGAAGCAAUCGAAUAAUUCCACAAAUCAUUCUGCAACUUAUAACCUAUUCCAAGAGGUAUUGGAAAACAGUGGGAAUCUUUCCAAGAAUAAGGAAUCAGAGACUUCUCAGACAAAAGAUUUAUUUGGAGAUGUAUUACCAAAGGAAACAGGUGAAAAUGAAGAAGAUAUUACGGGGAAUUCAACAGGUGGUAUGGGAUCCUUCCUUGGAGAAAGAUUCCGUAAUUUUACUAAGUAAGAUUAAAAAUUGUACAAUAGAUAUGUAAAUUAGGCUAAAUGAAGGAGAAAUCCAAAUGGUUGCAAAUAAAAUAAUAGAUGUAAUAUUUAAGUGAAUAGAGAUAUGUAAUGAAAUAAAUUUUCUGAAUCGUCUACAAGAAAGUCCAUGGAGAUAUUCAUAUAUCACCAUUGGGUAUAUAUAGACUAAGCUACAGAGUAUGCAUUUAGGAAUCAUCAAAUGUUACAAAUUGUAAAACAAUUUUCCAUUGUAUGAAAUUUUCUACAUUACGGACUUUCUAUAUUAUGAAAAUUAUUUAAUGAUUAUGU